AUGAAAAACUCAAAGUCAUACGACCUCGCUUUAGAACUUUCUAAGGACCGCAAGUCUUACCUUAUUUGUCAUAGGCACGAAAGGGAAAUUUACCUUCCUUACUCGGACCUGGGCUCGGUUGCCAAAAGUGUGCGUAUCAUUUUGGAUUUGACCGUUUGCCAAUACAGUCGGAAGGCAAACGGCUUUACGGUGGCAUACGGCGAUGUAAAGCUGUCGAACGGAUUGGCCGUUGCCAGAAACUCCUCUGACUAUUUUUCCUUCAAAAUUUCGUUGAACGAAGUUUUGUUCUGCCCACAGAGAGGCGUCAUUUUGGAAGGUAUUUGA